AUGGAGAGAAAAGUGGUGGUUGUUGUGGCGGUAAGCGUGGCGGCGGUGGCGUGUGGGAUGGCGGCGGCGGCGGUGGGAUGGAGGGUGAGGAAGAGGAGGGAGUGGAAGAAGGCGGUUAGGGUGGUGAGGGAGGUGGAGGAAGAGUGUGAGACGAGUGUGGAGAGACUGAGGCAGGUGGUGGACGCCAUGGCCGUUGAGAUGCACGCUGGUUUGGCAUCAGAAGGUGGCUCCAAGCUCAAAAUGCUUCUCACACAUGUUCAUAAUCUUCCUAAUGGGUCUGAAAGAGGAACAUAUUAUGCACUAGAUCUUGAAGGUACAUAUUUUAGGGUCUUGAGAGUUCAUUUGAAUGGUCAACAAUCUGCUAUCUUGGAACAUGAAGUAGAACUACAAACUAUUCCCCAACAUCUAUUGACCAGCACAAGCAAGGAUUUCUUUGAUUUCAUUGCUUCUUCAUUGAAAGAAUUUGUUGAGAAAGAAGGAGAUGAUUCAGAGCUUUCAGUGGCCAGAAGAAAAGAACUUGGCUUUACGUUUUCCUUUCCCAUCAAACAAAUAUCUGUUUGCUCAGGCAUUUUAAUAACAUGGAUAAAAGGGUUUUCCAUUGUAGAUAUGGUAGGAAAAGAUAUUCCUGCAUGUUUGCAAGAAGCCUUGGUACGAAAAGGCCUAGAUUUGCGGGUAGCUGCAUUGGUUAAUGACACUGUUGGAACUUUAGCCCUUGGACAUUAUCAUGAUGCUGAUACUGUGGCUGCUAUACUGAUCGGGACUAGUACCAAUGCCUGUUAUUUGGAACGAACCGAUGCUAUUAUUAAAUGUCAAGGUCUUCUCACAACAUCAAGAUCCAUGGUUGUGAAUAUGGAAUGGGGGAACUUUUGGUCAUCUCAUUUACCAAGAACAUCGUAUGACAUUGAUUUAAAUGCUGAGAGUCCUAACCCAAAUGAUCAGGGCUUUGAGAAGAUGAUAUCAGGAAUGUAUCUUGGAGACAUUGUGAGGAGAAUCAUUCUCAAGAUGUCAUUAGAGUCGGAUAUUCUUCGACAUAUUUCUUCAAAGUUUUCAAUGCCUUUCAUACUGAGUACUCCUAUGAUCGCCGCUAUGCACGAGGAUGAUUCCCCAAAUUUGAGAGAAGUAGAAAGAAUCCUGAAAGACAUCCUUGAGGUUCCUGAUGUUCCUUUAAAGGUAAGAAAACUCAUGAUGAAAGUAUGUGGGAUUGUGACUCGCCGAGCCGCUCGGUUGGCAGCAGCCGGUAUAGUCGGUAUCUUGAAGAAGAUUGGUAGGGAUGGGAGUGGUGGCAUCACAGGUGGAAGGAGAAGUGAUAUGAAAAUGAGAAGAACAGUUGUGGCAAUUGAAGGAGGCUUGUAUUCUAACUAUACAUUGUUUCGAGAGUACUUGCAUGAAGCUUUGCAUGAAAUAUUGGGUGAAGAUAUUGCUAAGCAUGUAAUUCUUAAGGUUACUGAAGAUGGAUCAGGUAUUGGUACAGCAUUGCUUGCUGCUUCACAUUCAUCCAAUAAUGUGGAUAGAAUAUAGCUGCUAUAAUUAUAUAUUCUUUAUUUAUACAUAUAGCCCCUGUAAAUUAGAUUAUUCUUCUUCUUUUUUAAUUAUUAUUCUUAUUUAAUCUCUGUAUAAAGGAAGAUUCUGCCUAUUCUUUGUUAAGGGAUAAUAUUAUUCUUGUCAUUUAUUUAUUUCA